AUGACUAAAUUGGAAGUGGAGGUUGUCUCAACAGAGACCAUCAAACCCUCAUCUCCAACCCCAGACCACCUCCGCCGCCAUAACCUCUCCUUUCUCGACCAAAUCCAACCCCCAAUAUUCAUGCCCAUGGUCCUUUUCUUCCCUAAGGAUCCUCACACCACCGAAGACCCCACGGAACGCUGCAUGAAAAUCAAAACCGCCUUAUCGGAAACCUUGACCAAGUUCUACCCGUUAGCCGGGCGAGUCAGAGGCACCCAGUACGUCGAUUGCAACGACGAGGGUGCCUACUACGUGGAAGCCAAAGCCAACUCCAACAUCAUCGACAUCAUCCAAAACCCUAACCCUAGCGACUUCAACAAGUUCAUACCGUGUGCGCUCGACGCUGCUAGCGAACUCCCCAUAUGCCUACAAGUUACGUUCUUUGCAUGCGGAGGCAUGAGCAUCGGUAUGGGCAUGUCGCACAAGGUCGGAGACGCCCUGUCAUAUUUCACGUUCCUCAACAGUCUCGCCGCCACUACUCGCGGGGAGCCCGACUACGUACACGCCCCCGAGUUCGUUUCCGACAAGUACUUCCCCCAACAGGACUUGUCCGGGUCCUACCAACAUAGGAGCGGGAUCAUCAAGCACAACAUUUCCACUAAGCGCUUUGUGUUCGACGCUCCAGCGGUUUCCGCUCUCCGAGCCCAAUCUACAGACGUCGAAAACGAACAAGCGAGGCGGCCUACACGUGUGGAGGCCUUAUCGUCUUUCAUAUGGAGACGAUACAUCGCGGCCUGCACCAGCCAACAACAAAACAACAGCGCUGACGAUGUCCCAGCAAUGUAUACCGUGUCUCAUGCGGUAAACCUGCGCACGAGAAUGGACCCACCGCUUCCGGAGUAUACAUUCGGGAAUGUGACCCGAACAACAAUCUCCGUCCCACCCAUACAGUUGGAACCGAAAGAAGGAUCAUCAUCUGACCCUUCUCUAUAUUCUGUAGUGAGCCACGUCAGAGAGGCUCUUAAACAAGUUGACAGAGAGUACAUAAAGAAACUGCAAGAGGGGGAGGGGUUCUUGAGUUUCUUGAAAGAGCGGAGCUCACAGGUGAAACGUGGAGAGGUGGUGUCGUUUAGCUUCACCAGCUUGUGUAGGUUUCCAAUUUACGAUGCUGAUUUUGGGUGGGGGAAGCCAGUUUAUGCCGGGUCCGCGAGUUUUACAUUUAAGAAUUUAGUGAGCUUAUUUGACACAACAAGUGGCGACGGUGUGGAGGCUUGGAUUAACUUGAAGGAGGAAGACAUGGAAAAAUUUGAAGCUGAUGAGGAGGUUCUCAAGUAUGUUUCACCCAACCUGAGUUCGAAGAAUUCAGGGUGA